AUGCUUCAAGGAAUUUAUCGUCUUUUCAUAUUGAUUUAUCUGCUAACCGUCGCGUGCGAAGUCACCCGUCAGCAGCCACUUGAGCAACCGGACGGAGCGCUGCCCGACGCGGUAAAGGAACCAAUACCGCCGAUCUAUAACACACCACCACAACCACCGGUAAAAAUUUUACGCGAAGCCAGCCCCAUCACGGAACGGGAAAGCAUGAAAGUGUCCGACGAAUUGCAGCAGUCAGCGUCGUACACCUACAGCUACUACCGGCCGGUCUAUUAUCCUGGCGUGUACUAUUCGUACUAUCCAAGGCAUCGCUGGUAUAGUCCGUACUAUUACUACAACUGGUGGUAUUACUGA